AUGCCCGCUGAAGUUGAGAGCUCCUCGCCUCCUCAUCAUGAGCCUCACUCUCAUGACAACAUUCGGCCUAAAGGCAUUCUGAAGAAUCCAUCAUUCUCUGGUGGCUCCGGUCGAAGUGGUUCACCUGAGAAAGAACCGCCGUCCGGAACGCUGAACCCACAAGAAGAAAAGGAUAUCCUCACACAGAAUACGCUCCAGAAUGCAGGCCACCGGCGUUCAUCGUCUGCCGCGAGGCGCAGCUCUGCCUCUCGCCGUCACUCUUCAGCCGCCGGACUGUCAGAGGAUAAUGCAGACCAGAUGCGCCUCAAGUGGGACGAAGCCAAUCUCUACCUGACCGAGCAAGAGAAGGGUGGCCGCAUGAAAAUCACUGAACCCAAGACACCUUAUCAAUUCGGAGAUGCCAUGGAGGAGGACGAAGAAGAUGUGGCUAUUGACCCUAGAUAUGUCAAUGUCGACGAGAUGGACAUCAAGAAGAAGAAACAGGCGCAUGAAAGCGAGAUCCCUGGCCUGGACAUUGGUGAGCCUGAAGACGAAGUCUCUCAAACGGCCGGACUGCAGAACGACCGUGUUCAACGCAGCACCAGUCUCUCGCGCGAAGGAAGCAAAGAGAAGCACGUCAGUGUUGGCGAUGAGAGCCAGUUCAACGAGCAAGUCGGAAUGCCUACUCGGGAAGAGCAGGAGAAGCACCGUCAGUUUGAGGAGCAGCGGAAGAAGCACUACGAGAUGACUAACGUGAAGAGUCUGCUAGGCCAUCCGGAUGAUGUGGACGAAGAAGAUGAAGAAUCUGCGCGAGCUUUGCCCAGCCGAGGAGUCAAUGGCUCUCGGUAG